AUGGCUGGCACCUGGCAGGAGCUCGCAGACAGAAGCUGUCAGAUUGUCUGGUGUCUCUUACGCUUGGCGUUUCACUCUUUCUCUCCCGUUCCAUCUCUUUCCCAGGAACGGAGCGCGUUGCUUCGGAAAUGGUAUGACCUGAUGAUGCAACACAAGGACGACCUGGCCAGGAUCAUCACAGCGGAGAGCGUGAGUCCGGCGGGCGCUGCCUGGGACCCGACCUCCACGGGGUGGCUGCACAGGGGUUCCCUGCCUGAUGGUCACAUGUCAGCGAAUCGCAGUGCCAGGCAGAACCUGCUCCUCAUUAAAGCCCGGCCCUGGUUUUCUGAGACGACGUGUGUGUGUGUGUGUGUGUGUGUGAGGAAAACAUCGGUUAUUUCUCUUUUCUGUUUUCUCACUCGCUGCCCGUGCCUGCUGGUCCCUCCGCAGCUCGCCACCCAGGCGGGGAUCCCCCCCGGGGCCUACAACGUGGUGCCCUGCUCCCGGAGGAGGGCCCAGGAGGUGGGGGAGGCGCUUUGCACCGACCCGCUCGUAUCCAAGAUUUCCUUCACCGGCUCCACGGCCACCGGGAAGGCGCUGCUGCACCAUGCGGCCAACUCCGUGAAGAGGGUGUCCAUGGAGCUGGGCGGCCUCGCCCCGUUCAUCGUGUUUGACAGCGCCAACGUGGACCAGGCCGUGGCGGGGGCCAUGGCUUCGAAAUUCAGGAACUCAGGACAGACCUGUGUGUGCUCCAACCGGUUCCUGGUGCAGAGCGGGAUCCACGACUCCUUCGUGAGCAAGCUGGCGGAGGCGAUGAGGGCCGGCCUGCGCGUGGGGAACGGGUUUGAGGAGGGGACGACUCAAGGCCCGCUGAUCAACGAGAAGGCGGUGGAAAAGGUGGAGACGCACGUGAGCGACGCGCUGGCCAAAGGGGCCACCCUCGUGACCGGCGGGAAGCGGCACCAACUCGGGAACAACUUCUUUGAGCCCACGCUGCUCAGCAGUGUCACGCGGGACAUGCUCUGCGCGCGGGAGGAGACCUUCGGGCCCCUGGCCCCGGUCAUCAAGUUCCACACGGAGGAGGAGGCGCUGGCGAUCGCGAAUGCGGCCGACGUGGGGUUAGCAGGCUACUUCUACUCCCAGGACCCCGCCCAGAUCUGGCGGGUGGCGGAGCAGCUGGAGGUGGGCAUGGUGGGCGUCAACGAAGGGCUGCUCUCGGCCGUGGAGUGCCCGUUCGGCGGCGUGAAGCAGUCAGGCCUCGGGCGCGAAGGCUCCAAGUACGGCAUCGACGAGUACCUGGAGGUCAAGUACGUGUGCCUCGGCGGCUUGUAGGGUCCGUGCGCUUUAGGAAAUAAAGGAGCUCACCUGCGCCUGUGGCACACGCCACCUGUCAGUGCACCCACAGGCGUCUGAACUACA